AUGGGCCUCAUGGUUACAUUGGUCACCGAUAAUUUAGCGACUGAACUGAAACAAAAGAUCUCAAAGGAUACCGUUGAUAGUGGAAUGAAUAAAUUCGAAAAAGUUGGACAAGCAAUUUAUAAGUAUAGUAACCAGAUUGAAGAUGAUUCGUCUGCAGUAGUUCUAAAAACAGCCAAGGAAAUAUUCGAUAAUGCCGGUCAAAAACAUCGCUCAUUUCGGACAAAUAUGUUAGACAAUGUACAAAAAUCUAUGAAAGAAUGGAUUGAGACAAACGCUAAAAAUGUGAGCAAGGAGUUGAAAUCUGUAGACAAUAAACGGGAUGAACUGGAUUGUGCCAUUAACAAAUUACGAAAAAAACCGGAUGAUCUCGACAUUCAGGCUGUAAAGGAGCGCGCCGAAGGCAUAUUUAAAGAAGAACUUGAAAAAACUGAUAAAUUAUUGGAUGAUGAAAUCAAGGAAUCUCAAUCAGUGAUUUCAUCUGCUAUGAUAGCACUGAUGGAAGUGAUAGAAGAUUACAACAGAUGUAUGAAGGAAAUUUUUAAGCAAGGUGCCAAAGUAUAA